UCCCUUCUGUGAUGAACAGUUUGUUCCAACGAUGUUAUUUGUUUGUCGAGACUACCUCACGUGUUUGCCCUUUCGUCAUUUUAUUAAAACAAACUGAAGAGGAGCUUAGCUGAGCUGAGGGAGAGGCCCCGAGGAUGUGGGCGAGCGGCGGAACUGUUGUUUAAGGAAUUAGUUGCAGGCGGCGGGGCGGAACCUGUGGAGACGAGGCGCCGGGAGUCGGUUGAAAAAUUAAAUCGGAAGCAGAGUGGCGAAGCGGACGGAGCCGGUGAGGGGGACGAUGGUUGGAUGAGAUAACAUCCAUCUAGUCAGAAAUAAAGUUCGUUGGAAGUUAACAGCAGGAAACUGAAAGGAAUCUAUACUGCUACUUCUCAUGGAGGCAUAACUCGAUUAGCUGUGAACUUUGCUGUAGAAAACUAUAAGGAAAACACAAAAUGUCAUCAAACAAGAGCCAGAAUCCUCAUGGGCUUAAGCAGAUAGGCCUGGAUCAGAUAUGGGAUGACCUUCGAGCUGGCAUUCAACAGGUUUACACCCGACAGAGCAUGGCAAAAUCAAGAUACAUGGAACUAUAUACUCAUGUUUAUAAUUAUUGUACCAGCGUCCACCAGUCAAAUCAAGCACGAGGAGGAGGAACAGCUGCUGCCAAAAAACAGAAGGGCCAAACCCCAGGGGGAGCCCAGUUUGUAGGGCUGGAACUCUACAAACGUCUAAAAGAGUUUCUGAAAAAUUAUUUGACGAAUCUUCUGAAGGAUGGUGAAGAUUUGAUGGAUGAGAGUGUAUUGAAGUUUUAUACCCAGCAAUGGGAAGAUUACAGGUUUUCUAGCAAGGUAUUGAAUGGAAUCUGUGCCUACCUCAAUCGACAUUGGGUCCGUCGUGAAUGUGAUGAAGGACGUAAAGGAAUUUAUGAAAUAUAUUCACUUGCUUUAGUGACGUGGCGGGACUGCUUAUUUAGACCUUUAAACAAACAGGUGACAAAUGCAGUCUUGAAGCUGAUUGAAAAGGAGAGAAAUGGUGAAACUAUCAACACCAGACUGAUCAGCGGUGUGGUUCAGUCGUAUGUGGAACUUGGGCUGAAUGAAGACGAUGCUUUUGCAAAAGGACCCACGUUAACAGUGUAUAAAGAAUCGUUUGAGUCACAGUUUUUGGCUGACACAGAGAGGUUUUAUACAAGGGAAAGCACUGAAUUUUUGCAGCAAAAUCCUGUAACAGAGUAUAUGAAAAAGGCAGAGGCUCGGCUUCUGGAAGAACAGCGUCGUGUACAAGUCUAUCUUCAUGAAAGCACACAGGAUGAGCUGGCUCGUAAAUGUGAACAAGUGCUUAUUGAAAAACAUCUAGAGAUUUUUCAUACAGAGUUCCAGAACUUAUUGGAUGCUGAUAAAAAUGAAGAUCUUGGUAGAAUGUAUAACCUAGUUUCUCGAAUCCAGGAUGGCCUUGGGGAGCUGAAGAAGCUUCUAGAGACACACAUUCACAACCAGGGUUUGGCUGCCAUUGAGAAGUGCGGAGAAGCUGCUCUAAAUUGGCAACAGCGCAUGGAACUGUCAGCGUAUAUUAAAAUCAAAUUUCCCAUUCUUUGGGGCGACUGGAAAGUGGGACUGGGCCUGGAGCAGGAUCCCAAAAUGUAUGUACAGACUAUUCUUGAUGUUCAUAAGAAGUAUAAUGCAUUAGUGAUGUCAGCUUUCAACAAUGAUGCUGGUUUUGUGGCUGCUUUGGAUAAGGCAUGUGGCCGCUUUAUAAAUAACAAUGCUGUGACAAAAAUGGCUCAGUCAUCAAGUAAAUCUCCAGAACUAUUGGCACGAUAUUGUGACUCACUUUUGAAGAAAAGCUCUAAGAAUCCAGAAGAAGCUGAACUUGAGGAUACACUUAAUCAAGUGAUGGUGGUGUUUAAGUAUAUUGAAGACAAAGAUGUAUUCCAGAAGUUCUAUGCCAAGAUGUUAGCAAAGAGACUUGUUCAUCAGAACAGUGCUAGUGAUGAUGCAGAAGCCAGUAUGAUCUCCAAACUAAAGCAAGCCUGUGGCUUUGAGUAUACCUCGAAACUCCAGCGAAUGUUCCAGGAUAUUGGUGUGAGCAAAGAUCUGAACGAACAAUUCAAAAAACAUCUGUCUAAUUCUGAGCCACUUGACUUGGAUUUCAGUAUUCAGGUUUUGAGCUCCGGUUCUUGGCCCUUCCAGCAGUCAUGCACGUUUGCACUCCCAUCUGAGUUGGAACGCAGUUAUCAGAGAUUCACAGCAUUCUAUGCCAGUCGACACAGUGGGCGUAAAUUGACGUGGCUGUAUCAGUUGUCCAAAGGAGAGCUAGUUACAAACUGCUUUAAGAACAGAUACACUUUACAGGCAUCCACAUUCCAGAUGGCAAUCCUACUUCAAUAUAACACAGAGGAUGCCUACACUGUUCAGCAAUUAACAGACAGCACUCAAAUCAAAAUGGACAUAUUGGUACAAGUUUUACAGAUAUUGCUGAAGUCCAAACUGCUGGUUUUGGAAGAUGAAAGUGCAAAUGUGGAUGAAAUUGAGAUGAAACCUGACACAUUAAUCAAACUGUACCUGGGGUACAAAAAUAAAAAGCUGAGAGUGAACAUUAAUGUGCCAAUGAAGACUGAACAGAAACAAGAGCAAGAGACCACACACAAAAACAUAGAAGAAGAUAGGAAGUUGUUGAUUCAGGCUGCAAUUGUGCGAAUAAUGAAGAUGAGAAAAGUUCUGAAACAUCAGCAAUUACUGGCAGAGGUACUGAACCAACUGUCCUCCAGGUUCAAACCCAGGGUCCCAGUCAUUAAGAAAUGCAUCGACAUACUGAUAGAAAAGGAGUAUUUGGAGCGUGUGGAUGGGGAAAAGGACACAUACAGUUAUUUGGCUUAAUAUUAUAAAAGUGUCUGAAUAAAACUUCAUUCCUAAGACAUGCUGGCUUUGAAUACAGAGAUGCUAUUAGUUUUGUGAUAAAGAUGGGAAUGUAAAAGAUUGCAUUCUUGAACUCCAUUGCAGCCAGACUGCUGCCUUGCUGGACCUCUAGUAAGAGUGGAAACCAUCAGCCAGUCACAUUUACUUUACAGAACUGUUCUCAGGAUUGCUAUAUUUCAAUAUGUAAAUAUCAAAAGGAAACCCCUAACCUUACAGUAAAAUGAUAAAAAAGAAUUGAAUCUUCUACAUCGGGGUUGCAUGCUACUGCCUUUCUGCAUUUAAAAAACCUUACUUCAGCUAUACAUGGCCACCACUGCUCUGAAUGUAAGGGGCAGCAGGGAAAAAUAAACUAAUUUAUGAAUGCAAUGUUGGCAGCACUUUCCAAAAGCAUACUAGUGAAUUUGAACGAGCCCUUUAGAAAAAUGUGUAAUCUGCAUUAUCUGCUAUGAGAAAAACCAUUUGUAUAGUGUGGUUCAUUUUUUAAUGUGUGAUAAAUAAAAUUUAAUGAUUUCUGUAAA